AUGUUUAUGUGGUUUGUUGUGAUUCAGGUAUUAGCGGCCGUUGCGGCGAUCGGCUCGGCGAGGCCCGAGGCGGGAUACAGUUACAAUGCACCAGGCGGCGGUGGUCUGGGAGGUCACGGCGGCGGCAUCGGCGGAGGCUUCGGAGGUGGUCACGGCGGUGGUCACGGGGGCGGUCUGGGAGGCGGAUUCUCCUCCGGAGGCUUGAGCUCCAGCAGCUUUGGUAUUGGAGGCGGUCUAGGAGGUGGAAUCGGUGGAGGAAUCGGCGGAGGAUUCUCUUCAGGUGGCUUCUCCUCUGGUGGAUUUUCGUCAGGAGGCGGCGGCGGAUUCGGCGGCGGCUUCGGCGGUGCUCCCAUUGUCCAGAAACACAUCUACGUCCACGUCCCACCCCCAGAACCUGAAGAACAGCGCCCGCAGAUCAUCUCCGGUGGUGCUAUCCCCCAGAAACACUACAAGAUCAUCUUCAUUAAGGCCCCAGCACCCCCUGCGCCCGUCGCCCCCAUCAUCCCCGCUCAAGCCCAAAACGAAGAGAAGACCCUUGUCUACGUCUUGGUCAAGAAACCCGACGAACAGCCCGACAUCACCAUUCCAACCGCCGCCCCAACUCAGCCCUCAAAACCAGAGGUUUACUUCAUCAAAUACAAGACCCAGAAGGAAGGUGGCUCCAUCGGUGGUGGUGCUAUUGGCGGUGGAAUCGGCAGCGGCAUUGGCGGUGGUAUCGGAGGUGGUGUGUCUGGUGGUAGCAUCGGUGGCGGUCUUUCCCUUGGCGGCGGUCACGGCGGCAGCAUCGGUGGUGGACACGGUGGCAGCAUCGGCGGUGGUAGCAUUGGUGGUGGCCUCAUCUCUGGUGGUCACGGAUCCUCAGGCGUCAGCAGCUCAUACGGUCCCCCCGGUCAAUCCGGCCCAUACUAA